UAAUGAAGUGAAAUGAAACAAUCGCGACUGUGGCCCUUCUUUUGCAAACACUAUUCACUGGCAAAAAGUAAUUACUAACAUCGAGUUUAUUAUUUCCAAAGGAGUUGAAAUAACUUAAUAUUUCAAAACCAUGAAAGGAAUGACAUUAUCAAGCUUGAAAAAGCAUUAUUCUCUGAUACCAUUAUUUGUCAUGCUGGCUGGAGGGAUGACAUUAUCUGCUGCGUACUUAGCUAGGUUAGCCUUCAAGAAUCCAGAAGUCAGCUGGCGAAGAAGUAGUAACCCUGAGCCAUGGCAAGAAUAUGCUGAUAAAAGAUACAAAUUGUAUCACUCAAAAGGUGAAAUGAACACACAAAAAAUUAAGGAAGAACGUCCCGAAUUUUAAGAAGAUCUUUGAUCUCAUUCCUAGACAUUUCAAUUAACAUCAAAUAAGACAACUGAAAUAUUAGAAUUAAAGUAUGCGUCAGUUGUAUUUGUUUCUUAUUUAAAUAAAAUAUUUAGUUGUCUUCA